UUUGCUGCCGCAGCUGUUGUGGCGCACACAGUGAACAGAGAGGUGUGCUUCUUCUGGGGUGAUUAUGUCGAGUCCGGUAACGGCUUUUUCACACUGAUCAGCGAUUACCGAGCCCGUUUCUCUUCGGCAAAAAAACAACAACAGGAAUGUUGUCACUCUCUCUGUCAGCAAGGUCGGUUUACACAGAGCAGUGAAGACGCCGCUCGUUUACCAUGAGCUGUUUGGAUGUUAUCUACCCAGCCUAUGGACAUUACGCACCGUACGCCCCGACUGUUCCUGCUUUAAUCAAUAGCUUUCAGGCUCCCACAGGUCUGAGCAACACUUCUCCUCUCUGCCGGGAUUUUAUGGAUACUCUCAGGGGUCCCGAGGGGAUGUCUGGGGGCCCAGGCGCUGGAGGAUCAACUUCCUCUUCAUCUUCAUCCAACUCUUCCACUUCCUCCUACACGCCUGCAGCUUUAAGGCCAGAGGAGGGCCCCAAGGAGAAGCAGGAGGCCCCUGAGGCAGAGUACCUGACUUCUCGCUGUGUCCUCUUCAGCUACUACCAGGGAGACAUCAGCAGCGUGGUGGACGAGCACUUCUCCAGGGCACUCAGCUCCUACUUGGACGGGGAGGGCAAACGGCGGGCACCAGACCAACAGGGCACAGAUACCCCUUCACCUAGCAGUCGACGGAGCUUUCCCCCAUCCUUUUGGGACAGUAACUACUCCUCGCCACAGAGCCGCUCCCACUGUGAGACGGGUGUGCCUUCCUAUUCCAUGGACCCAUACGCAUCAGCAUUGCACCCGGGCCUGCCGCACCCACACGCUCAUCCUCACUCCCACCCUCACCCUCACCCACCAGAGAGCUGGGGAUAUCCCCAGGCCCCAGCCUACGGCCACCCACGGCCUCUCCACGAACUGUAUUCACCGUCAGCUUUGGAGCAACAUUACGGGCCCCUGCUCAUGCCCACGGUGAGGCCACCUCAUCCCUUAACCUUGCCAAGCCACUAUGAUGUGAGCAAGCUGGAGCCCACUGCCUCCUGGCCCGGCCUGCUUCCACCAGGAGACGUCAGCCAGACGCUGGCACUCAACAUGGAUGCAGGCCUCCAGCAGCACAAGAAAGGCAAGGAGCUGUACUGGUUCUAACGAGCCCUUCGGUCACAUUGACCAGCCAUUACCAGAUCCAAUUAGUCCCUGGACCUGCUCCGCUAUUGAAGCAACGUGUCCCUUUAUCCCCCCCCCCACACACACUCCAUCCCCAUCUAUCCACCCCCUUCUCUCUGCUCCUGGCCUCCCCUGCCAGUAUACAGCCUUGGUCCAGGUCGACGUGUGUGCACCAUGGAGAUAAAGCAGGGAGAGGGAGAGAGAGACAGAGGGAGAGAGAGACAAGAGUGUCGCUGUCUAUUAUCUGUGUGGGUUGCUCUCUCUCUUUCCCAUCUCUCUUCCACUCUCUCUCCCCACGCUGCCGGUGCAGCACAGACCUUGGCGAGGUGUGAGCCACAGUGACCUGUUUGGACUGAGAAAGACAGGAUCACAACAGACCUUAGCAGAGGACAGAGAGAUAGAGGGAUGAAUGGAGGGACAGUCGAUGAAUACGGGCAAGCAGGGAUUCCCUCCAACGUCCCUGGUUAUCUCUGUCUCAUGCUCUUUGUUGGUACAGUGGUUGUCAUCAUCCACUUAUCUGCAUUUCACAAAUGCAGCAUGCAGCGAUAAACAGGAGCAGCAAUUAUGGUGGUUUAUGCUUUGUGACUAUCAUCAUGACGGCUUUUUUGGUUGUUAUUAUUUAAUUUUGCUCUCGGAAAUAAAGUGUUUCUAUUUAUUGGUGUUUAUGUGCAUUUCUAAAAUGUUUGGUUAGGCCAGUGAUCUGAAAUUAUUGUGAUUUAGUUGAUUGUGUUUUCUAAACGGAGAGGCGAUGGAGAUGACCAUACCAUGUUUUUUUUGGUGGACUUUCUCAUCCAUCUAUGAAGCAAUCUUUUGUGGAGAAUAAAGGUCAUUUUUAAAAAAAACACAAUUUCAACCAGUAUUUGUUUGCUCUGAACAGACUCAAAUCUUGUGUUCUUUCAAUUUGAUGAUGAUGAUGAUGUUCCGUUUUAGUUCUUUAUUUCUCUGUCAUUCUUAGAUGUUCUAAAUUUGGACUUUCUGAACACUUCUCGGUUGUUCUUGUGUCAAAGAAGAUUGUGAUGUCAAUAAAUAUUUUUAUGGUAAAAUGACACAUCUACCUUGCAUGACAUUAUAAGAAAUAAUAUCUGAGCCACUACUAAUUUAAAGGACGUUGUAAGUGUUGCUGGACAGACAGAAAUAAAUACGUCUAAAGUAUAAAUACUAACAUUUAAUCUUUAAGAAAUGUGUCUCAGUAUUAU